GGUCUGAUUCUUGCAGCUGACUGACUGGCAGCCACGUUUCCCACAGCCCUCUGUGGAGAAAUCGGAAUUCAGGUGCUUUUAUCGUGAUGACUGGCCAGGACCGGGGAUUCCUUCACUUGGGGUUGUGUCUGUGGUUAUGUGGAUUCUUGGCUUCCUUUAAAGGGUGUACGUGCUGUGCGUCUGAAGAACAGCUCUUCCACACACUGUUCGCUCACUACAACCGCUUCAUCCGGCCGGUGGAAAACGUUUCCGACCCUGUCACGGUGCACUUUGAAUUGGCCAUCACACAGCUGGCCAAUGUGGAUGAAGUCAAUCAGAUCAUGGAGACCAAUCUGUGGCUGCGUCACAUCUGGAAGGAUUACAAAUUGCGUUGGGAUCCCAUGGCGUAUGAUGGCAUUGAGACACUUCGUGUUCCAGCAGACAAGAUCUGGAAGCCCGACAUUGUUCUAUAUAACAAUGCCGUCGGUGACUUCCAGGUUGAAGGCAAGACCAAAGCUCUCCUUAAGUACGAUGGCAUGAUAACGUGGACCCCACCAGCCAUCUUUAAGAGUUCUUGUCCUAUGGACAUCACCUUCUUCCCUUUUGAUCAUCAAAACUGUUCCCUGAAAUUUGGCUCCUGGACUUAUGACAAGGCUGAAAUUGACCUUCUGAUCAUUGGCUCCAAAGUGGACAUGAACGAUUUUUGGGAAAACAGUGAAUGGGAAAUUGUUGAUGCCUCUGGCUACAAGCAUGACAUCAAGUACAACUGUUGUGAAGAGAUCUACACAGAUAUAACCUACUCUUUCUACAUCAGGAGGUUGCCCAUGUUCUACACCAUUAACCUCAUCAUCCCCUGUCUCUUCAUCUCUUUUCUCACCGUGUUGGUCUUUUACCUUCCUUCCGACUGUGGCGAGAAAGUCACACUUUGCAUCUCAGUCCUGCUUUCUCUGACUGUCUUUUUGCUGGUGAUUACAGAGACCAUCCCAUCCACAUCUCUUGUGAUCCCGCUGGUGGGCGAGUAUCUCCUGUUCACCAUGAUCUUCGUCACGCUGUCCAUCGUGGUAACCGUGUUUGUAUUGAACAUACACUACCGUACCCUGGCAACACAUACCAUGCCCAAGUGGGUGAAGACCAUCUUCCUUCAGGUCUUCCCCUCAGUUCUCAUGAUGAAGAGGCCUCUGGACAAGACAAAGGAGGCAGGUGAUGUCCAGGACCCCAAAAGCCUUCCCAAGAGGCCCGCCAAGGUCAAGUUGGCUCAUCGAAGAGAGCCCAGACUUCUAAAAGAGUGCCGCCACUGUCAAACGUCAAGUGAGGUAGCAGCCCCUGGCAAGAGAAGAAUAAGUCAGCAGCCUGCACAGUGGGUGACAGAGAAUUCAGAGCACUCGCCAGAUGUGGAAGACGUGGUAGAUAGUGUUCAGUUCAUAGCAGAAAACAUGAGGAGCCACAAUGAAAUGAAGGAGGUAGAAGAUGACUGGAAAUACAUGGCCAUGGUGGUGGACAGAGUCUUUCUCUGGGUAUUUAUAAUUGUCUGUGUGUUUGGAACUGUAGGGCUGUUUCUCCAGCCACUGCUUGGGAACACGGGCAAGUCUUAAUUUGGAUUUUUUCCUUCUGCCUUCUGAGUCUUUUAGAUGUUUUUGUUUUUUCUGAACGACUUAACACAAUGAAAAGGCCAGCUACCCAGUCUCCUAAACCAAGACAGGAAGGGAAGGGGUCGGGGGCAGGGCUGCGACCUUAGGAGCUUGAGUACAGGUCUUCAUUGCACUGGGUGUUUUACUGCCUUGGGGCCCAGAGUUGGCAGUGCUCCCAGGCCAGCAGUACUGAGUUAGCUCCCCUAUGCUUUGCAUGCGUUGUUCCCUGGAACACUAUGACCCCUCACAAAGCAAAACCUCAUAGUUAGCAUCAGUCCCCACUGAAAAGAGGUUCUCUUGUAUC